UGACUUAGAAUUCGUGAAACAAUAAGGCGUUUCAAAACAAUAACACAAGUACUUGCUUGUUGAACAAUCACCGUAUAGGGUAUCAAAGCUCUAAUAGGCGAUAACCUGUAAUCUAUUAAGGAUACAAACCUGAUUUGUUUAUGUAGCGUUAAACAUCAUACAUGCUCACUGUCAAGAACUAACUUACCUUGUUUAUAAGCACACCAUCUGUGGACGUUCAUUGUACACAUAACAUAAUGGCAUCAGAAGAAAUGGAAGGCAUGUGCCCACUGCCCGAGAUGGCCAACAUCAAAGUGGAGCCUCCCGUCAGCGUUGGCCCGGUGGAAGACACCAGUUCGCAAAAUGUGGCCAUGGGCAUUAAAUUCAUCUUACCCAACCGCUUCGACAUGAACGUGUGCUCUCGGUUCGUCAAGUCACUGAAUGAGGAAGACAGCAAGAACAUCCAAGACCAGGUGAACUCUGACCUGGAGGUAGCCUCAGUCUUGUUUAAAGCUGAAUGCAACAUCCAGACCUCCCCAUCCCCUGGAAUCCAGGUUAGGCAUGUAUACACGCCAUCCACAACGAAGCACUUCUCACCGAUAAAACAGUCGACCACUCUGACCAACAAACACCGUGGCAAUGAAGUCUCCUCAACCCCGCUGCUUGUUCACUCUCUAUCAAUUCAUCAACUUGCAGCACAAGGAGAAAUGGUGUUUCUAGCCAGUCGAAUAGAGCAAGAGUCCGUGAUAAACCUGCAGGAUGAAGAGGGCUUUACACCACUCAUGUGGGCAGCAGCUCAUGGCCAGAUUGCUGUGGUGGAGUUCCUGCUACAGAGUGGUGCAGACCCCCACAUUUUGGCUAAGGGCAGAGAAAGUGCAUUGUCAUUAGCCUGCAGUAAGGGGUACACAGACAUUGUCAGAAUGCUCAUUGACUGUGGAGUGGAUGUUAAUGAGUAUGACUGGAAUGGGGGUGCCCCUAUACUUUACGCUGUACAUGGUAAUCAUGUCUGCUGUGUAGAAAUCCUCUUGGAGAAUGGAGCUGACCCAACCAUAGAGUCUGACUCAGGCUUCAAUGCUAUGGAUAUGGCUGUAGCAAUGGGCCAUAGGCAUGUUCAACAGGUCAUGGAAGCUCAUCUGCUGAAGCUGUUGCAAGGAAUUAAAGAGUAGGUGUGACUAAGGAAGAAAGAAGCUGGAAAGCAGAAAACAGUUAUGAAGCUGAAUAUUGCUGUGUUCAGUUAAGAGGCAGAUGAAAUGGACAGUUCAUUAUCUUGCAUGUUUACAUUAGUUACUCAAGCUAUUCAAACUACUUUGUCCAAAGUUUCAUGUUUUUGUUUUGACACUGAUUCCCCUUUACCCUGAGGAUUGGUGUCAUGACAACUGAAAAAAUGUGAGGGCAUCUUUAAACCAUUGAAUACUGCACAUAUUUAUUUUGAUAUGGCUAGCUAUCAUUGGUGUGUUGGUGUAUUCAGUUGACCAUGUAGGUUUUUGUAUAAAAUGAUUCAUAAACCCAACUACUUCUUGUCUUUUAACUUGUUCCAUUUUGUAAGAAAAUUUGGCAGCCAAUAGUACAAUAUCACUUGAACUUAAACAGGCAGAAGAACAAACAAAAGUGCACGUUAUUUUUGCCAUAGUAUAAAAUAUAUACUCAUUUAGAUCAGUUUUGUACCAAGUAAUAUCCAGUAACAUUUAAUUUCACUAACUGAAUUUUGGGUGCUUCAUUUAAGUUACAUUGGUUUGAACUAGUGAAAAUGCAGUAAGGCCAGUAAACAUAAGUCUGCUUUGACCAUGCAAUUCUUAGUUGUUAAAUGUUAACAGUAAUCUAAUAGUUCCAAUUAAGGGCGGUCUGGUUUUAACCUUUUGAUGAAAGCUAACAAGUCUGCUGCAAUAAGACAUUAAAUAUUUUGAAUACUAUUCUAGACCUUAUUACUUUGUUCAGUCACCUGUGGAAAAGAUACACACUACCAAAAAUAAAGCUAUUCUCAUAGGAAGUCAUUCUUGUCCUCAAAAACAUGAAGCAGACCAAAAACUAAAUGCUGUAAAACUCCCCAACUGUCCUUAGUAUCAUUAAGCAUCAAUGACCAAGUAAGAUGUGUGGGGAGCUUGACACCAAAUCUACAUCAUAAGCAGCACAUAUAUAUAUAAAAUAAAAAAUAGAAUGACAAAUAUAUAGACAAGGCAGUGUAUUUAAUAAGCUUGUACAUAGCAAAUGUUUAUUUCCAGAUGUUGGCUUCAGCUAGGCCUCAAAAGGAGUGAGCCUCAAUAACAGGGAGACGAGUAGGAUGUCCUAGGGCCCACGCUACCCACACCACUGGGCGUGAUGUGGUAAACAUCUCUCGCUCUCAGCUUGGACAUAGGGUAGACAUAGCAGUGCACAA